AUGACACAGGCGCGACAAUACCACGCCGUCGAGCUAUACUGCUCAGAACCAGGGUACGACUGCAUCUGCGGCGUAAUAUCACAAGCACUCACACAGCAUAACGCGUCGGAUGCCGUGCUCGCCGCCGCAGUUGUGCUUGUUGUGCUUGUCACUAUCGACCUUUACAAGCUGCGGCUCUCGAAUCUUGGCGAUGUCCGGUACUCGAACUUCCAUGGCAUUAUGUUCCGAUAUAUCUAG